ACAAGAUAUUCGUGAAACUAAACAAAACCUAUAGUUAGGUUAUAUUUAUAUUUACAAUAAAUUUAUGUGGUAUUAUGGCUUGUUAAAAAAAUAUAUUGAAAUGUAAGUUGAGGCGUUGAGGAAAUUAAAUUGCUUCAGAACUAUAAGUAAUUUAUAUUUAUUCACAAACUGCUACAAUAUGAUUAGUACUCGACGAUUUUAUACUUUGGAAGAGGAUAAUUUAAUUCUAGAAUGGAUAAUAAAAACAAAAUUAUUCUAUACUUUGCGUGGUAAAAACUUUUGGAUUGAUCUCUCCCGAUGUAACGUAUUUAAAGAUAGAAGUUGGCAAAGUUUGCAAAAUCGAUUUGAAAAGAAGGUGUAUCCGAAUAUUACAAAUCCUAAUUAUACAAUAUCAGAAUUGGAUAAAGCAAAGAUCAUAUUAGCAUGGCAACAAACUUCUGAUAGUUUUGAUAGCAAUGAAACUGACGAAAAUGAUACCACAGAUACAGAGGAAAAUGAUUAUGAAGAUACAGAUAAGGAUACAUGCUGUAAAACAGUAUCUAAUACUGAAAAUGACUCUGUAACUAGUUCUAUGGCAUUUUAUGAUGUUUGAAUAAUUAGUGUUGU